AUGGCUCCUCCAGUCAUAUUCACGGCAGCAGUCUUGUUCAUGCUGCCCAACCAACUCGCAGCCCUGCCUCAGAACCCUGGGAACAUCUCCACUCCCGCAACGGCCAACAAUGGCGUGCUGCCGAGGUCCCUUGAAUCCUGUCUAGGAGCUACUGGCGCAUCAGUUGUGUACGCCACGGAUGCUGGGUACUCGAAUCUCACGGUGGCGGACAAUAGCAAUUACCACCCCCAUCCCCAAGCUGUUGUCAUUCCCAACUCAACGGAGCAAGUUGCUGCUACUGUUCGCUGCGUGGCAGCCGAGCAGGGCCGGGUCACUCUCACGACCCGUGGCGGUGGCCAUGGCUAUGCUGCGUACAGUCUAUCAGGACAAGUCGUCAUCGACUCCAGCCAGAUGACCGACAUUGUCCUGGACGAGAGCACACAGGAGGUUACCGUGCAGAUGGGUCAGAAGCUUGGCCCGCUAGCUCUGGCGAUGGGCCGCGCGGGGUAUGCCUUGCCUCAUGGCACCUGUCCGGGGGUGGGGGUAGCUGGACACAGCCUGGGAGGUGGCUGGGGGUUUACCUCUCGCGAGUGGGGAUGGCUAGUAGACAGAUUGGUCUCACUGGAGCUUGUGGAUGUGACCGGCCGCAUCCGAACGAUCAGCCCUAAGGCAACAAACCCCAAUACCACAUCUACUGACGACACGAAUGAUGGUGAUCUCUGGUGGGCGCUUCGGGGUGCUGGCUCCAACAACUUUGGUAUCGUUACCUCGUUCACCUACCGCAUGCAGCCCGCCCCAACGGCUAUCGUCAACUACAACAUUGGCUUCGCGAGUCAGUCAGACUGCGUACAGGUCCUUUUAACCCUACAAGAGAUUGGAUCCCACCCAGCGACCUCCUCUGCGGGCUUCCCGACCUCUUUGGGUGGAGAACUCAUCAUAGAUGGUGGCUACCAGCCCCCUAAGGCCUACUGCACCUUUACUGGCCAAUACCUCGGCGAUUCAGCCGCCUACAACGAAACUAUCCAGCGCCUCCUUUCCCCACUCGCACGCCAAUCCAUCCAGCCCCUCACAACCACCAGCUCCUUUUACACCAACUGGGUCUCCGCUCUCACCAAUCUCAUGGGUGACCUCGACUCUCCGUCUGUCCCACAACCCUAUUACGCCAAAUCCCUCUUCGACGACGGGCACCCUAACUACACCAGCGCCUCCAUCUCGAGGAUAUUUUCCGCCAUCCAGCCCGCCGGGCCUGAUGCCUUCAUAUCCUUCGACCUGAAUGGCCCUGACGCCGCUACCACCCUGCCCCCGGAUGACUCUGUCGGGCCCAUGGCCUUCAACCACCGAAACAAUCUCUUCAUGUCGCAAAUCUAUGCUUGGGAUUUCCCGGGGUUCACAAAUGCGUCAGCACGGGAGACUGCAGUUGCUAGGCUUUCCGAUGUCGCGGAUGCAGUGCGCCAGGCCGAUCCUAAGGGCGGUUGGCAAGCGUAUCAGAAUUAUAUCGAUCCGUAUUUGCAGAACUGGGCGGAGAGGUAUUAUGGGGACGCUUUGGAUCGGCUGAAGGAGAUCAAGAAGAAGUGGGACCCUUUGAAUAUUUUGGAUUUCCCACAGGGGUUGGGACGGGCUUGA